UGUGGCAAUACCGUGGAUUUUGCCUAGACUGGAUACAGUUUGUGUCAGAAUUGACAAGAAUGCACUUUUCGUAGGUUAGGAGAAGUCACACAGGUUACGAUAAUCAAUGUCACAGGUUAGGAUAAUUAGGUCAAGGUUAGGUUAAAAUAAAUCUACUUUUGACGUAUAUUUGACAUAAACUGCAUCCCAUCUAGCGAUGAGCAAUACUGUGGUACUGAAACGUCCAGCUGCACAGAUCAGGAACAAGGAAGACACAUCGCUACUAGAUACCAUGCAUCUUUGAAGUGUGCCUGUACUAUCGGCAGGGAUCAGAUAGAAAGGUUGAACAAGUUACGGACCUCACGCUGCUUCAGAACGCAAGCUUGGUCUCGAACAGUAWAGCCGGUGGCGCGAUCUGUCGCGAUGUUGUAAACCAUGGACAGCAGAAUAAACGAGAUUCCCGAAAGGACGUUUGAUUUGGUACUACAGAUUGCAUGCCCAACAUCUGAAAAUGAAGAUCCUGCCGUGCUGUGGAGCUUCCCCCAGGACUACACAGACCAGGAGUUUCUCCAGACGAUACCCAAGUUCUGCUUCCCCUUCGAUGUGGAGAGGGUUUCCCAGAGUCGUGGCCAGAACUUUACCUUUGUGCUGACGGACAUCGAGAGCAAGCAGAGGUUUGGCUUCUGCAGACUCACUUCCGGCUGCCGUGUCUGCAUCUGUCUGCUCAGUUAUCUCCCCUGGUUUGAGAUCUACUACAAGUUCCUGAACACACUAGCAGAUCACCUAACCAAAAACCAGGAGAAUGAGCUGAAUGACAUGCUGAACUCACUGUACAGUCUGCCGGUGCCAAAGCCCUUCACCCCAGUCAACCUGAGUGUGACCGCGCUGUUGCAUAUAGCCACUGGGCAAGUACUGAYAGAUGCACCAAGCCAGCAGCCGCACUCCUACUUCAUAGCCCCAGAUAUCAACGGCUUGCCCACAAUCCCCGAGAGUAGGAACCUGACAGAGUAUUUUGUGGCGGUGGACGUCAACAAUAUGCUGCAUCUAUACGCCAGCAUGCUGCACGAAAGACGCAUCAUCAUUACCUCAAGCAAGCUUAGCACUUUAACUGCGUGUGUCCACGGCUCUGCUGCCAUGUUGUUCCCCAUGAACUGGCAACACAUUUACAUCCCUGUACUGCCUCCACAUCUACUGGACUACUGCUGUGCCCCCAUGCCAUACCUUGUGGGAGUUCAUCUCAGUCUGCUAGAGAGAGUGCGCAGCAGGUCACUGGAGGAUGUAGUGAUUCUGAAUGUGGACACCAACACACUGGAGAGCCCCCAGGAUGACCUGCAGAACCUGCCCAGCGACGUGGUCCACUCUCUGAAGAGUAAGCUAAAGAAGCAGUCGACAUCAACAGGAAGCGGAGUUGCAAGGGCCUUCCUCCGGGCUCAGGCUGCUCUGUUUGGAUCCUACCGAGAUGCCCUCCGAUACAAACCUGGGGAACCAGUCACGUUCUGCGAGGAGAGCUUUGUGGCUCACCGCUCCAGCACCAUGAAACACUUCCUGGAGAUGGCUGUCAACCUGCAGCUCUUCAAACAGUUUAUUGACGGCCGGCUGGCCAAGCUGAAUGCAGGCCGAGGCUUCACUGACCUGUUCGAAGAGGAGAUCAGUGAGGGAGGCUUCUGUGGAAGUAAUUCCAGAUCUUAUCAACAGUGGGUGCACACCGUCAAGAGAGGCGGCGUGCUGAUCAACACUGCAAUGACUAAGGCCAAGAGUCAUGCCAAGAGGGGCAUUCGCAGGCUCAAGCAAAGGGAAGAGGAGGAUGAUGGGCCGUUCUGCUCAGGGUCUCCCACCAGCACCAAGAGUCUGUCACCACGGAGACUGCAGAAGAGGAGACAUCAUUAUUAUGCAAAGUCUUCCAUGGGAUGUCCUGACUUUGCCAUCGAUGACGAUGAACUGGACACCGCCAGCAAGAUCUCGUCUGAGGACAGUGGGGAGAUACCGUCCUACACUGAGGACAGUGACGACUCCUAUUCGCUGGAGCUAGACACAGACUCCUCCCACACGGGCCAGAUGAACCUAUUAGAGGAGAUCCUUGACUCUCUGAGCACCACCAGCACAGAGCAUGGCAAACUCAGCGCUGCCAAGAGCUUGGACUUCUUCAGAUCUAUGGACGACAUCGACUAUAAGGCUCCGAACAAGUCCAACCCCCACAGUGAGAGUAAUCUGCCCCAGAUGUGUACCAGUGGCAGCAGGGUGGGGGGAGUAAGUGGGGGAGGGGAACAGGGAGGAAGCUGGCAGGACGACAGUGCCCUCCACGGGAAGCACCUGCCCCCCUCCCCUCGUAGACAGCCUAGCAAGAGCAGCCUCAAGAAGCCAAAGCAAAACCCCUUGACAGCCUCUCCACCGGCCACAGCUGCAGUCCCAGCCAAGGACAACAAGGUCCCCAAUCUCCUGCCCAAGACCCAGCCCCUUCAUGCCAAGCCCCCGAUCUGUCUCUCUCAGCCCCGUCCAGAGGAGCCUUCGCUCCCAACACCUCCAUCACCACACCUGGGAGACCAAAACCCCUCAUCCAGCCGCUCUCCUGCACCAACCCGUGCAUCCACACACAAUCCUCUACCGGCAACACACACCCCUCCACACACCUCAAUGAUGACCCGUGUUAGAGUCUCCACAGACCCCCAGCCUGAGUCUGAGACCAAACCCCAGACCACAUCCAGCAUCCUGCGGGGGAAUGUACUGUCCAAGGAGACGGUGAGGCAGGAUCAGGCCCUCCAGAGGCAGGUCAGUCAGGACAAAGAGAGGCAGGGUGUGAAGGCCAGGCAGCCAUCUGUGCUGGUCCCCUGGGAGAGAGGGAGGCCAGAGGAGGGGGGACAGGGAGAGGACCAGGGCCUAGGGCUGGGGUUGGGGAAGGAACAGGGCAGGGUCUCUGGGGCAGAGGUCCAGGAGAAAGGCCUUCUAGAGGAGAUAGAGUCCAUGUGUCAUCUCAGCUCAGCCUUCCAGACCAGCCUACAGCUGUCCCAGGUCCAGUGCCACACCAACAACACACAUAAUAAUACCCACGCCAACAGCCACAGCAAAGCCACCGACAAGUCCUGAGACGGACAGGGGAAGGGGUGCUUGAGGUAGAAGUUGCCCUUAAGAAUCAGACUGCCCUCCCCAAAUCCUAACCUUAACCCCUGAGUGGAAAAUGUUUACGAAAAGAUCAGUGUGUUUUAACAGAGAACAAAUUAAUUUUUCCUUCGAUCUGAAAGUAUUGUAAAGACACAAAGUAAACCCCCAUGACCUUGGUAACUCUUCCACUGUACAGUUUCCUAACACAAUGCCUUAAACCAGGGAUGGGCAACCACGGGACGCCUUUUGUAGGUCUGAGGACCAAUUUCACAAAAAAUAUACAACUUUUUUUAGGAACUCAGUCGGGGUUUCAACUUGCUGUUAAGAGUUAGAAUAAUAGAGUACACAAGGUG